CAUGUUGGCUUAUUCACACAACCGAACUCAACAAAGAAGAGAAAAAGCUUAAUCUGUUUCAUAGCCAGCCAAAGAAAUGAGGAGUGCAACGCUCUUUGCUCUCUUCCUUUUCUCUGCCCUAAGCUUCUACCCUCCUUCAACCACCGCUCAACCUGUCUUGGACGCCAAUGGUAACAGCGUUAGAAAUGGUGGCACAUACUAUAUAUUGCCACGCUUUUGGGGAGGCGGCGGCGGUGGAAUUAAACGAGCCAUAACUGGAGACGAAACUUCCCCUCUCUCUGUUGUUCAAUCUCCCUUUACGGCCGAUCCAGGGCAAGCAUGGCGUCUUCAAUCCUUAUUCGCUUCCGCUUUUAUUCCUGAAGGCAGAAUCUACAUUAGCUACGACUAUGUUCAACAACCCGGUGUUCCCUCUAACUACUGGACCGCCGUUGAGGGUGAGGCUGAAAAAACCGUCGUUAAAGUGGGGUACCCAAAUUCCCUCCCAGGCUUCUUCACUAUUCACAGAACUUCCUCAGUCAAUAGCUAUAAAUUUCAGUUCUGUUCAAAUGACGACGCCACCUCCUGCAGUAAUGUUGGGAUCGUUAGGGAUGAUGCAGGGAACAGGCUUUUGGCCACCAAUCAAGAAACCCCAUUCGAGUUUGUUCUUGCGCCAGGUUCGUCUGUUGCAUCUAAAUGAAGCACUAUCCAUGAAAAAUCGUACACUUUCUCCAUGUGAGAGACGUGUCUACGAUAUGCUUUGGAUGUAAUUAACUACCCAACACUAAAUAAAUAAUCCAAAGCUUAUGUAUUCUGGUUUA